AGCCAUAGGCGAUUGUUUUUAUGGAUUCAGUUUUUGCCCCUUUUGCCUCAAUUUUUUGGUUAUUAGCUGUGUAUAAAUUCGUUUUCGGCAGGGGAUAGUUUUGGAGAGAUUGUUUACUUAUGAUUAUUAUUUGACAGCUCAAAUGAUGGAAAAAUAAUGUCACAAAGUUUUGGAAAAAAUAAUGUCAUAAAAUUUUGUUCUGGAUUGUGUUUCCUAUGUUUGGUGUUUUGAAUUUUUCCAUCACUUUGCGCUCAUUGGAAUGUUGAUCAUUCAUGACUGUGGUGAAAUGUUUGUUAAAAGGCUAUACUAUCAGUGAGUGAUAGUUUUCUAUAUCUGAAAUUUUCUCCCUUGUUCAUUUUUUGCUUAGGCAUCCUCUACACCAUUGCUUAAAAUGCUCAUAUUAUGACUGCUCUGUUCGAGCCCAUAUAUGUUUACAUUAAUUUUUUGACAUCCUUUCUCUCUUUAUUAUUGUCAUAAAAUUUCACCAUUUUAGUUUUCAAUUUCAUAUGCAUCUUCAAUUUGUGUCUUCGAAACACUUAGCACUAAUCGCUAGUUCCCAGCUAUCCAUUAAGACUGUAUCUUACCCUUAUUCAAAUAUUUUUGAAUUAUUUACGAUACCUGUGAUUCUGUUUGGCUUUUAUGAUUCUGAAGUCUACCUUCUUAGCAGAUUUUUUUGUUACCAGCUGCGGGGUAUUUAUUGUCAGUUUGCGACAUUUUUGGAGGGAAUGUUUCUUUUGAUCAGCAUUUGGAAUCUCAAAUGAAGGAUAAAUCUUAUAUGCAAUGCAAUGGUUCCGAAUGUGUUUUCUUUGAUUGGUUCUUCGAAUUUAUUAUGCCUUAUUUGCUUAGUGGAAUUACUGAUCGUGCAUGAUUAUGCCAAAGUGUUUGAUUAAAUGCUGUGAUGUUUGUGAGUGGUUAUUGGCUAUCUGAAAUUUUGUUUGUUGUUCAUUUUGUGCAUGUGGGAAAUCCUCUUGACUAUUGCUCAAAAUGCUCAUAUGGGUUCUCCCAGAUUUUGGAUUACAUCUAGAUAUUAUGCCUUCUUCUCAUGCCUAUCUCUAUUAAUAUCAUUUUUUGUGCCAUCCCUUAGAAGAGAUGUCGUUUUGUGUCUAGAGAAAUGGCUGCCUUCACCCCUUUCUCUGUAACACUUUAUUUUUAUCAUCACCCCAUUAAGGGGGGGAAAAAAGAAAAAAGCAUAAAUGAAACUACCAGUCUUCACGUUGAAAGCAUAUCUCAUGGCCCAAAUUCCACCAAGAUUCUUACUCUACAGAUCCUUUUGGCCUUUCUUUUCUUUUUCUCUCCCAAGCCAUGUUCCCAUUCCUUGUUCUUCAAAUGCUCCUGGCUUCUGGUCACCCUCCACAGUUGCCGUGCAAGCUUGCAGGUGAACCCAGACUGAAUCUGAGAGCUUGUGAAGAAAUCAAUGGACGAAACUGGAGACGAGCAUAAUGAAAUUGGUUGUGAAGAACGCAUGUCAUCAAUUCCUAUAGAAGAACAAGAGGAGCAGCUGGAUCUCAAUGAGGACAAUGAAGCAGAAGAAGCAAUGGAUGACACUGCAUUUGAUGCUGACCAAGUGGAAGACUUUGAAGAAGUAGAGGAAAUGAAGGAGGCAGUGGAGAUUGAGGGAGUUGAAGAAGAGGGUAGUGAAGAGGAUGAUGAGCAGAGUGUAGAGGCCAAAGGGGUCGCUGAGGGUGCGAGCCCAAUGACCAAUGACAAGGAAUAUAAGGGGGAAAAUGAUUUGGAAAGCAAGAAGCAUGCUGAAUUGCUUGCCCUUCCUCCUCAUGGAUCUGAAAUCUUCAUUGGUGGUAUUCCUCGUGAGGCCACCGAAGAGGAUUUGAGACGGUUGUGCGAGCAGAUUGGUGAAAUAGCUGAGCUCAGGUUAUUGGAAGACAAGGCAACUGGUGCUCACAAGGGCUAUGCUUUUGUAACUUUUCGAUCAGAGGAACUGGCACAAAUAGCCAUUGACGAGAUCAAUGGCAAAGAGUUUAAGGGGAGAAACUUAAGAUGUUCACACUCGCAAGCUAAAAACAGGUUAUUUGUUGGAAAUAUUCCAAAGAACUGGAUAGAAGAAGAUCUAAAAAGAGUGGUGGAGGAGAUUGGUUCUGGAGUUAUAAAUGUAGAGCUGAUAUUGGACCUACAACGGAGUGGUAAUAAGGGAUAUGCUUUUCUGGAGUACUAUAAUAGUGCUUGUGCUGAUUAUGCACGGCAGAAAAUGUCAAGCCCAGGUUUUAAACUUGACAGCAACACGCCAACUGUACGCUGGGCUGAUCCAAAGAACACUGCAGAUCAUGAUCUUACUUCUCAAGUGAAGGUUGUUUAUGUGAAAAAUCUGCCAGAAGAUGUUAAACAGGAACAGUUAAAAGAAAUUUUCGAGCCCCAUGGAGAGGUCACAAGGAUCGUUCUACCUCCUGUAAAACCUGGGCAGGGAGCGUACGGCUUUAUUCACUUCGCAAAGAGGGCCAGUGCUUUGAAUGCUGUGAACGAAACCAAGAAAUAUGAAAUAAAUGGUCAUGCUUUCGAGGCUACUAUGGCCAAGCCCCAGACUGACCGGAGGAAUGAUCCUGCUAGUGCCUACAGAGGCAGUUACAUUCCACCCUACUCUUCUCAUGCUGACUAUGGUGUUGGUGGAACUGCAUAUGGGGCUCUUGGGGGCAGUUCUCGAGCUGGUGGGUUCACGCAGCCCAUGAUAUAUGGAAGAGGACCGGCCCCAAUGGGAAUGUCAAUGGUGCCUGUAUUGCUACCUGAUGGGCAAGUUGGAUAUGUCUUACAAGAGCCUGGUACCCAGAUUCCCCCACAAAGGAGUGGCAGGAGCGGUGGUCCAGUGGGGCAGCAAGGUCGUGGGCGCAGGUAUCGGCCAUAUUAACUGGGGGGGCCGUACCUUACUACGUCUUCCACCUGAAGAACCACUCCCUUACGGUUUGCAAAGCAUCGUCAAUAUACAUUGAUCUGGAAGAAGAGGGUGAUUUAUGUGGGAUUUAGGCUGGAGAGAAAGCAAGACUUGGUGUAUUAUGCUUUAGACUUUGAAUAUAAUAUUUUGGGACAUUGGUAGUUCGUAGUGGAGACAUGGGCUGUAUUGGUAAAAAAAGUUGGCUAAGCACAGGGAGCUCAGAUGGAUGCAAAGGAACUAAGUCCAUGGGGGCUUUUUGUUUAGAGUUUU